AUGCUUCGAACCUCCCUCAUGAUUCUUGGUGAUGUCGCCAAACUUACACCUAUCCCUGGGCUCCAUGAAGCUGCGAGGAUUUUGCUGGCUGUAUGGGAGGCCGUGGACGAAGUCGAGACCAACCGCCUGCAAUGUCUUCGCCUUACCGAACGCUGUGCGAUGGCGAUUUACUCUGUGCGCGCUGAGAUCGCGGAUGCUGAAAGGGACAUGCAGUCUCAGCAAGGUCAAAAUGGAGGUGUUGGUGUUGUGGGGCUGGCAGAGGAGAUGGAAGGUCCAGUCAGGAAGCUGAACGAGUGCAUUGAGAUGGUAUACAACUUCCUUCUAAAGCUCAAUCGUCGUCCAUUCCUCAAGCGGUUUUUGCGUAGCGACGAAAUCCAGGAGGAAAUUCAAGCAUGUGACAAGGCGCUUGGGGAUGCAAUGCAGAUGUUUAGCAUUUCAAUCCAAAUAAGAAUCCUCAAAGAAUUCAAACGCUUCGCGAGGGAUACGCGUCUUGAUGCUGGGCACUAUGCGCAGGGGCCUACGCCUCCACCUAUAUAUGCAUCUCCUCUGUCGCCGACCCUACCCAUUUCCUUAGACCGCACCCCAACAGUAGGGACACCAGCACUUCCAGAAUCGCACGACAUUCUCCCAGCGGCAUCUGGGCUGAGCAGGAGUCCUCCAGCACAGAAUCCACCAUUGUCCCCACUUCAAUCCGUACAAUCACAAACUAACGACACUGAUCCACCCCCCGACGCGCCGAUCUCCCCUCUUACAGAGCUUCAGGACCUUCAUGUUGUCGAAAACGCCUCUGACAGAGAACAAGACCGUGCACUAUUCCGCAGCACACUCCAACGUGCUAUUAGUGCUCGAAGGGAUGCUGAGGUGUUACAGGUACUAGAAGUUCGCCCUGGAGAGGUGCCUGAGGCACUCAAGGCGCUUCGGAGGGCUGAGGAAGCGCUGAGAGGGGAAAGAGAAGCUAAUGAAAGAAAAGGAGGAGAUGUAAUCGACGAAGGCCUGGAGAGAGUGUUCAUGGAGACUGGGAUUGAGGCUAUGACGAGGUUGAGUAGUGUUGCUGUACAGAAGGCAGAGGAUCAAGAUGUAGAUGUUCCCUGGGAUUUACCGCCUUGGACUAUUACCCGCUACGAAGUCGACCGCCUCACCAUGAUUGGUAGCGGCUCCUUCUCCAAAGUCUACCUAGGUAGCUGGUCCGGGCGGCGUGUCGCCAUCAAAGUCCUCUCCCUCCACACUCCUGCACCCCUCUUCAGAAAAGCGGUGGAGAUAUGGAGGAAACUGAAGCACGAGAACGUGUUGGGAAUGUGGGGUGCGAGCAGCGCACAAGGCGAACGACCGUGGUUCAUAGUGAGCGAGUAUUGUAGCGGCGGGAGUUUGGUAGGGUGGUUGAGAGAGAGGAAGGGGAGGAUCGGUGAAACAAGCGCUGGGGCUGCAUUGACUCCUCCCAGUGCAGGUGCUAAGGGAGAUGUGGAUCUUCUCCGGUGCAUGCACCACAUUUCGAAGGGGAUGGUGUACUUGCAUGAUCAGAAUGUAUUGCAUGAAGACCUCAAGGCUUCAAAUGUGUUGGUGGAUGAUAACGGGCGGUACGGGAUGUUGCGCUGGCAAGCACCAGAACUACUCAAUGGACCCAUGAAAUUGUCGACAGCUACAGAUGUAUAUGCGUUCUCCAUCUGCUGCAUCGAGAUUCUCGGCAUGGGCGACCUUCCGUACGGACAUCGCGACGACACGCUUGUUGCAUUCCUUGUCAAUUACCAAAAUAAGCGUGCCGAGAUUCCCUCGACACCCAUCACUUCACUUGUGGAACCUCUCAUUCAAGAAUGCUGGGUUCGCGACCCCGAGCAACGCCCUACGUUCACACACAUUGCUGCGACGCUCAAGCGACUUCGUAAGCAUCAAGGAGGGGUGGAGGAAUCCCCUAUCCCAGUGCAGGCUGAGCUACUUUUGAAAGCUUGGUCAGACCCGCCCCACCACUCGCCGAGCAUGCAUCCUCUAGAGCUACCAGAGACGUCUCCGUCUACUCUGCAGGAAGGUCAAGUCUUACUGGACGAUAACUUGGAUGCCAGUGUGGGAGACGAGUUUGGUACUGCGUCUGAGGGUACGGGAAGACUCGUUCCUGGUGACGCGGAGUUGGUGUCAACAACAUCACGGGAAUCACAGCCAAAACCCUUCUGUCCAAUCGGACAGCCGCGCAGCAAUCCAUCGUAUCAUUGGGAACCCACCGUGGAUUCUCAUACGGGCAAUAUGGAGAUGCCCGAGGGCAAGUAUUCAGGGAUUGCUAUCUAUACGCCGACUCGCAAAUUAUCUUUGGCAGAGACCGAUUCGAUGAGUAGUACCUCGUCGCAUCUCACGUCAAGUCCAGAAGCUGAACACAGCGCGUUGGAGGAGGUUCGUCGUCGUCGUCGUCGUUCGCCCCAUGUUGCCUUGGACAAACCAUCUCUACCAAUGGAUGAGCAACUCGCAGAGAGGAGAAACGAGUUGCGGUUCAGGUCAUUAGCACAGUUGAGCCAUGACUUCCAUCAUUCUCUUACCUUACCUCUUUGGUCACCUUCUCAUGUCGAGCUGGGCGCAGUGGGAUAUCUCUCUGCACCAAAAGGGGAGUUCAUUACGCUCUUUAAUGCCAUGAAGCCCCAUCAAACAGCGGGGAGCAAAGUCACGAAUAUACCUUCGCUGGGCGGGUACCUCGAGGGACCUAUUCGUAUUGGGAAGAAGUCUGAUUCAAUCCGUACGAUGACGCAGAGAGGGCUUGAGCUCAUUUCCGGGUUGUUGACCUUCCCGCUGAUAGAUCGUGAUGGGUCAUAUUCGGAACGCAUUUCGAGGCGCCACCCGUUCCCCCUUCGAGCGGGCCAUAAGGCUGCAUUUAUCUAUGCAGAGUCGACGAUGUACCGAUUCAUAGAAGACCUCGCAGCACCGAAAGACUGGUUUAAGGCUAAUGUCAAUACCAUUGUCAAGGAAUAUGCUCCCCAUCAUCCCAUUCAGAAAGAAGACGUUAUUUUGGUUUUCGGUACUUUGUCUGCACCGGAAUAUGCGCUCUUCGUGAGCCAUUCUCAUCCAAAUGGCCAAGCCCAUUUCAAUGUCUUUUCGGAUCGUCAGAGUGGUCGACCAUGGGGCACCUUCACCACAGAUACUGAGUACCCUUCCGAUGAGGGUGGCCCCUCAUACAUUGAAGAGAUACCCCGAAAGGCAGUGUUCGCGAGCAAAGUGUCGCAAGUGCGGCUAAAUGCUGGAUCCAAUGACAAGGACUGGGACACGUUGGUGUUAGCCAGGCUCCGCUUCCCCACGGAUGCAACUGAGCCUACUUCACUGUAA